GGUCGUUACUAGGCUCAAGAUGGCGGCUGCUCGGCUGUGAGUGGAGAGUUUGGAUAUUGCUGCGGAUUAAAUUCACUCAUUUCAGCGGAGAAAGAGUGAGAGAGAAAAACUCCGCAAAGAUGGGCCGGCGAUCAACCAGCUCCACCAAGAGCGGCAAAUUCAUGAACCCGACAGACCAGGCCCGUAAAGAGGCCAGGAAACGGGAACUGAAAAAGAACAAGAAACAGCGCAUGAUGGUGCGAGCUGCUGUGCUCAAGAUGAAGGAUCCCAAACAGAUAAUCAAAGACAUGGAGAAACUGGAUGAAAUGGAAUUCAAUCCUGUGCAGCAGCCACAACUUAAUGAGAAGGUGCUGAAAGACAAGCGGAAAAAAUUACGAGAGACGUUUGAGCGAAUCCUGCGUUUAUAUGAGAAGGAAAAUACCGAAUUUUAUAAGGAGCUACGGAAGCUUGAGACUGAAUAUGAACAGAAACGAUCACAGCUCUGCCAGUUCUUUGAUGCUGUCAAGAAUGCUCAACAUGUGGAGGUGGAGAGUAUUCCACUGCCAGACAUGCCUCAUGCGCCAUCAAACAUCAUGAUUCAGGAUAUCCCCCUCCCUGGAGCUCAGCCACCAUCCAUAUUGAAAAAGACAUCAGCUUAUGGGCCACCCUCUAAACCUGUUACACUCAUGCCCCCUCCUUCGCAUGGAGUUCCUCGAUUGCCACCUGGUAAGAAACCCCCUGGCCCACCCCCAGGACCACCUCCGCCUCAGGUAUUGGCACUUUAUGCAAGAAGGAUGGGCCCCCCUCCAGGCUUACCUCUGAAAGGAAAAGAUGAAGAUAACGUUUAUGACCCUGAAACUGCAAUUCAGGAUAUGCAAGAGGAGGAUGAGGAGGACAGUGGGGAUGAUGAUUACCCUGAAGGCAUGGAGCAGGAUCAAGAUGGAAAUCGAGAAGACCAGGAUGAAGACAGUGACGAUUCAAAAGAUAAAGACAGUGAUGAUGACGAUGAUGAUUUCCGGCAUCGAGAUGAAGAUGAUGAAAAUUUAAGGCUAGAUGAUGAUAAGCCAGGCCGCAUUGUGCGGUUUGCAGAUGUGCAGGACAAACAGAAGAAGAAGAAGAAAAACAUGAAGGAGCUGACUCCUCUGCAAGCGAUGAUGCUUCGAAUGGCGGGUCAGGAUUUCCCCGAGGAUGAAGAGGAGGAGGAGGAGGAAGCCCACACCGAGGGCGAUGUGGAAGAGGAAAAGAUGGAUGUAGAAGAGCAGAGUCGGGAAAAGCGACAACGAGAGGAGUCACGGCCCGAGGGACCGCAGGUUCCACCUCCAACUCAGAUGCCCCCUAGGGCACCAAUGCAAGCUCCACCGAUGCCUGGGCCUCCACCGCUUGGACCACCGCCUGCACCUCCAAUGAGACCCCCAGGACCACCAUCUGGCCUGCCACCAGGACCACCUCCAGGUGCACCCCCAUUCAUACGACCGCCAGGGUUACCCGGCAUCAGAGGACCGAUUCCACGACUGCUUCCUCCUGGACCACCGCCUGGGAGACCUCCAGGCCCACCACCAGGACCCCCACCAGGCCUUCCUCCAGGUCCACCACCACGGGGACCCCCUCCCAGGUUACCACCACCAGCGCCCCCAGGUAUCCCACCUCCUCGGCCAGGCAUGAUACGUCCACCAAUGGCCCCUCCACUUGGGCCUGCACCACCAGGAUUGUUCCCUCCAGCCCCAGUACCAAAUCCUGGUGUCCUCAGUGCUCCUCCAAGUCUCAUCCAGCGCCCAAAAAUGGACGAGAAUGUGACCACCAUUGAGAAGAAAGCCAUCGCCACUAUCAGUGCGAAGCCCCAAAUCACCAAUCCAAAGGCAGAGAUCACCCGCUUUGUACCCACCGCACUGCGGGUCAAGCGAGAAAGCAAGAGUCAGGCACCAGUAAAGAAGGGAGAGGAAGAGAUUGUUGCCCCAAUGAAGCCAAUACCAAAAGCCACACCUGCUGUGUCUAUCCAAACAAAGGACGAUAUCUACGAAUCUUUCAUGAAAGAAAUGGAAGGACUUUUAUAACUAACCCAGACUUGUGCUGUCUCCUUGUCCUGGACUACCAACUGCUUGGCAUUUGUUUGAGAUUUGUGUAUAUUCAUUUCCAAGUCUGCUUUGUAGUUUUUUUAAAAACGUUCGUGAAAUCUAAAUGUUUGUGUGAUGUGCUGACUGGAUAAACAUUAUACAUGCUGUAAAGCUCAACUUGAUAACUUAUUAUGGUUGAAAGUUUUGUAGCUGACAUUAGACCCUCACUCAUGAGUUUAUAAAUACUGCACCUGAAGAUCAGACUUACUGCCCACUUAGUUUUUAAUUAGGGAGGAAGAGGGGUUCAUUGCAUGUCAACGUUAUAUAUAGAAAUGUUUGUUUUGGUCUCAAAAUGCUCUUCCAGACACAGCCUUGUUUAAGUGGACAUUGUGCAAGUAUUUCAUGCAUUUUCCUUUUACAUAUUAUGGAAACUCUGGUGACAACAUGAGUUAAUCCAAUAUUUAUGGACCUAAACAGUAAGGUAGUGCAAAUUUAAAAGUAUUCAUUGUAGUGAAUUAUUGUUAUAAUAUUUGAUUCCUUUGGCUUUGUUUGAAUAUUAUACAUAAUGAAGUAAACGGAAUUGGUCCAAUGA